AUGCAGAGAAGUUUGGAUGGACUCCUACGGACUCAAAUUGUUGGUUCGGAGAACUUCAUGAGCUACCUGCAACUGGAGAUUGACGUCGCUUCCAGUCCAGUGGAGGAAAAAUCUGAGGAAUAUUCUGAAGUAAUGACAGAAGCUGAUGAAACAACUGACUCGCAAACAGAUAUAAUGCCUAGCGUGAUCAAGAAACAUGUGGAUUUAGGAUCAAUUUUGAAUGGUAAUAAGAAACCAAAGACCCCUAGUACUCAAAAAAUACCCGAUAAGGUGUUAGGAGUGAAUUUAGGAUCCAUCUUGAACGGUAAUCGCCAGCCAAAACCUUUAUCACCAGAUAUUGAUACUGAAUUGGCAGACGUUUCAAAUGCUGAAACUAUACAGAAUUUGGAGAAAGAAAUAUUCAAGAAUAAUAAAACGGUCAAUUUGAAGGACUUUUUAGGUAGACCUAAAGUACCAGAGAUAGUAAAUUUGACCUCAGAACCAGAUUUCGAUGAAGCUAUCACACCAACAGAUUCAUUUUAUGAUCUGGGUAAUAGAAUUUGCAUAAAAGAGAUGAUAUCACCCAAACCUAAUCUGCUUCUUGUUACCCUUAGCAUGAAUAAAAGUUUAUUGACUUCAUUUAAAGAUAAGAAGGUACAGAAGAAGAAGGUCUCAGCCAAAGAUCUUCUCUCCAAACCAAAAGAAUCCUAUAAGAUCACUUUGAAAGUGGAUAAGGAUGCUUUAGCAUUUUUCAAGAAACUAGAAAACCCAUUGUACAGUAGUAGUAACACAAAAUAUAUCAAAUCACCCAGAUACCUCGUGACGUUAAAGAUUGGAAGGGAACCAGCAAAAUUGAUUCAACAGAAAUUACAAGUGACAAAACCAAAGAAAUCAAUCUUCGCUGUCAUGAUGAAAAACGCUGCUGUUGACACUGUCAAACUUACACCUUUACAAAAACUCAAGGAACUCGAGGCUCCAACAUUGAAAAGAAAUGAUUUCCUUGUCGUUGACGACACGAAAUUCGAACAUCGACAACUUGACCUAACUCCUAGACAUAGAAAAUAUUCACCUGAAUUUUCCGAGUCAUUCACUUAUUCACCAAUUGAAUCUUCAACGGCAGAGUUGGCGUCUGGAGUAGAAACUAUUGAAUUCGACCAACGACAAGAAAUGUUUCGGAAUAGGUGUAAUAUUCUAAAUCCUAUGUUUUCUCAUUUAUAUGAAUUAAUUUCAGCUCCCAAAGACCUGCAAUUGUGGACCCACUACUUUGAACCAACAACUACAGAAUCGCUCAUGUUACUGGAUAACAACAAAAGAAGAUUGAAAGACUGGGUAUUCAAAUCAUUUGACAAGUUAAAGAACCAAUCUUUCAAAAAUCCCAGAAGGCUCAAAGUGAAAGCUAAAAAAAGAGAUGAAUUUUUGGAUUUCCUUGCCCCCGAUGAUGAUUUUGAUGAUGGUCCCGAUUUAUUCUUGCCUGUUUUGAUCAUACAAGGAAGUACAGGUAUAGGUAAAUCUGCUUCCAUUUACACUGUGAUGAAAGAAUUAAAAGGUUACGUUCAUGAAAUUAAUGCCAGUCAACCUCGUUCAAGAAGAGAUUUAUUGGGGAUGUUGAAAGAACUUUGUACAACUCAUUUAAUCCAUAAACAAGACGAAGAAGGUGAGUUCCAGAAGGGAAUUGUUUUAUUGGAAGAUUGUGAUAUUUUAUUUGAACAAGAUCGAACAUUUUGGACUGUGGUUCAAGAAAUCCUUGAGAUAUCCAGAAGACCCAUUGUUUUAACCUGUUCUGACCCUGAUGUCAUCCCAAGACCAAUCUUCGAUUACGCAUAUGACCACGAAGCUGUCUUGGAUUUCGAUCAUAAUCGUCCUAGAGACCCUCAAUUGUUCAAAGAUUACUUAUGGGGCUGUUGCCUCGCUCAAGGAUAUGAUGUUUGUGAAGAUAUAUUGAAUAGUAUCAUCGAUGAGAGAUUCGAUUUGAGGCAAUUACUAAUGAAAUGUCAAUUGAUUUGUCAAUCAAUGGCCAAAAAGCCCGCAGUGAGAUCGGAACCAAGGGUCGCUUCUUUGACAGAAGUGGCUAACUCGCUAGAGGCAAUGUCAAUUGUUGAUGAUUGGAACAACAAUGCAUACAGUCAAUUGGGACAUUCUGAAUUGCCCAAUGAGUUCAUUGAUGUAUAUUACAUUGAUGAGAGUACUCAAUUAAGACAACCACUUGCAUCUCAUGAACUGACUAUAGGAGAUUAUAUUCUCGAACAAGCUUCCAAAGUAUGUGAUCCUUCAAUAAGUCCACAAAAAAGAGACCAGAAUGAGAUAAGAUAUACUGUUAAUAGCUUCAUCGGGUCAAGAUCUAAACCCAUGCCAGCUCUUUUAAGAGGAUUGAAUUUCUCCAGAGAUAGAGCCACCAGAUCUACCGAACUUCUGGAUGAAUUUUGGAACCUGGAACCUGUGGGUAUACCUGAUAAUUCCAACACCAUAUAUACUUCCUCAUCAACAUAUUUGACACAAAUUGCUCCUUUUGCGAGGUACUGGAAUGGUCUUCAAAUUGCUUUGGAUAAUGCAUCUAAGAAUAAUAUCGAGCAAGGUAAGAAUAUAAAAAGAAUUUUACAAUGGAGAGAGUUCCAAGAUAAAUCCAAUAAAACCUUCCGAACUUUGCCUACAGCCAAACAUUUCCAUUAA